AGAAGUGUGUGUGUGUAUGCCCAGUCUCAUCUCAUCUCAUCCUUGUUGUAUCAGAUGAGAUACAUCCUUUUCUUGUACCACUUCCGAGCUCUGACCACUGUCCGUCUGUCUCGCAUCCCAUCGCGUCUCAUCUCAUCCCCGCCCUACCAGUAAUUUACCAAACCCCUCUGCAUUCCUCCACAAUUAAACACCACAGUGGGCUCGACUCGGAGAGGGGGUGCCACCACUUCAACUGAACACACCACCUUCCUGCCUGCCUGCCCUCCCCUCCUUCCUCCUCCUCACUUCGCCUCUCACCCUUCCUCCCCCCUUCCAGUCGGUGCGCGCAGGCGGCGCUAGGUCUUGGAGGCGGGGAGCCAUGGCCUGACUUACGGGUUCCUUCUUCAAAUCUUCUUCGCGAGUGGUGUGGGGCUGAUCGGAGACGCAAGGAGGGGUGUGUUCGAGGUGAGAGAUAGAUAAAGGAGCAAACAAAGCGCAACGAAAGAAAACAGACAGAGAGAGAUUGUUCAGAGAUGAAGAGCAGCAGCGUCCAAGAAGCGUGUGAGGAUCAGGUGUCCGAGAUCAGCAGCCAGGCGGCGUCCAACAACAACGAGGCGUCCAACACCUCCUCCGGCCCCAAGCUCGCCCUCGACCUGUCGCUCACCGUCACCGCGGCCGCCGCCGCCGCCACCACGACCGCCGAGUCGAGCACCACCGACAGCAACAACGGCGGCGGGCAGGCCGCGCGCGAGCCGACGCGGGUGUUCACCUGCAACUACUGCCAGAGGAAGUUCUUCAGCUCGCAGGCGCUGGGCGGGCACCAGAACGCGCACCGGCGGGAGCGCACGCUGGCCCGGCGCGCGGUGCACCGGCUGGAGGCCUACCCCUACGGCUACGCCGACGUGGCCUCCCUCCCGCUCUACGGCUCCCCCGGGCUGUACCCCAUCGGCAUCCAGGCGCACGCGUCGGCGCUCCAGGGCGCGGCGGCGCAGGCGGAGCGGCAGCAGCACCAGCAGCAGGACGCCGCGGUCCUGGCAGCGCCGGCGCGCGCGCGGGCGCUGCUGGGCCCGAUGCCGUUCCUCGUGGGCGGCGACGAGGAGGUCAGCUUCGGGUGGCCCGGCAGCUUCAGGCCACCGCCACCGGGCGCCGGCGUGCUCCCCCUCCUCCACUCAGGCCCCAACUUCGGCAGCAGCAGCGGCAGCGGCAGCGUCGUGGUGCAAGCCGACGAGGAGCCCGACCUGACGCUUAGACUCUAGCCGCCAUCCGUACGCCGUCCAUCGCUGCGCUUAUACUACGUACUAGGUUGGUGCAACUCGUCAGGCUCCCGACGCCGAUCAACAGAUCAUGGUGGUAGACGACCCGUAUUUGUUUCAUGCGUGCGUGGGUACGUACGUACGUACGCUCGUGGAAGUAUUUCUGUACAGUUUUGGUGCUCUUCUGUGGUAUUGGUAGUAGCGUGUACCCUACAACUUCCCGCGGUAUAUUAAAGAUUCAUGUGAUCAAUCAAUCAUGUUGCUGUGUCCAUGAA